AUGUCAUCAUCACAACACACAACCGCUUUCGCUCUCAAGUCCAUCACUUCGCUCACUGCCAAGCCUCACUUACUUCGAAAGAAAUUCUCACUCCGUAUGAUUAAAAAAGUACACUUUAACUAUUGUCCACUCAUGCUUCGAGAUGUGAACAAAGGUGCUAAAGACUUUUAUGAUAGAUGCUGGGCUCCAAAAGUAAAGAACACGAAUCCCGAUUGUGCUAUUACAAUCAAUGUCUAUGAUUACGACAAAAAUGCUAAACCACCAUCUCUUUUAAUUGAGUUUGAGGACGGAAGAAAAUUAGACUUUACAGAUGUUAGUUAUGUAUCUACGGCAGCCAUCAUGGAAGCUAUUCAAUUAAAAAAGAAGAAAAUUAAAACCUAUUAUCAAACAAUUGGAAAAGAUUAUUAUGAUACUGAAGAUGAAGAAAAUCCUUUGGCGUUACAAGACAAGAAGGAGGAAGCAGAGGCUAUGGCUGGAGCAAAGAAGAAAAAGAAAUAA